GUGACGAUCAUCACAUCACUGGUGUAGUGACGUAACGUUCAAGCUCAAGUCUGUUUCUGUUGUGUGUGAUCGUGAUCUAUUAUUACAUCGCUGAAAGCUAAUUUGAAUUGAAGCUGAAGUAUAUUUUUUAAUUGAACUAUUUACAAAUUAAAAUAUCACUGACGAACACUUAUUUUUUAUUCAACAAUCUACCGUCUCUAGUUUAAAAUGGCUGCAAAAGUGGCAGAAUACAGAGAAUCACUUGAAAAAUCUCUUCAAGACCCGAAGAAACCCUGGACAACAUGGUUUGCCCUGGCAGAGGAGAAAACCGGGGUGAAGAGAUUGUAUCUGUUUUUAGGGAUUCUUGGAUUUUUGGCACUAUACCUGCUAUUUGGAUAUGGUGCACAGUUGGUGUGUAAUACCAUUGGCUUUCUUUACCCUGCAUAUUGUUCGAUGAAAGCCAUUGAAUCGCCACAGAAGGGUGACGACACAAAAUGGCUCACCUACUGGACUGUUUACGCUCUUCUAUCUAUUGUAGAGUAUCCGUCCGAUAUUCUGCUUCACUGGUUCCCGUUCUACUGGCUUGUUAAGGCAAUAUUCUUCACCUGGUGUUUCUGGCCUACCACCAACAAUGGUUCUAUUCUGCUGUACGACAAGGUGAUCCGUCCCAGAUUCCUCAAACACCAAGCCGAUGUCGACGACGCCAUUUCCAACAUUGUUGGCGGAGCAUCAAAGCUUGUUGCCCAGAAGCUACUCACGGGAGAUCAAAAGGAUGAUUAAAGAGGGUAGUUUCUUUUUUCCUAUAAAACACUUGUCGUUAGCUGGAGCCUUCAAAGAGCCAUUAUACCAGACAAGUUUGCUGCACAAUGCAAUUUAUUUUGUAUACAUCACUCACGGAUCUAUUGUUUAUUGUUAUAUCAGAACCAUUACGUUUAUGAUCUGUUGGGAGAAUAAAAACCUUUUAUGUAUAUAUA